CUAAUUCCGGAAAACGAGCGCCCAAUUCACUCGAUCCCCAAACCUAAAGAAACGUCGGCUCUCUCCCGUCCUCUUUUGUCCGGCAGACGGCGCCGACGGCAUCUCUCCUCUUUCUCCCCGUUGAAGAAGUUCUUCGAGGCCUUCCUUUGCUCUCCAAAUCAGAAUUUGCAAGAGAAAUACAGGACUGGAACAAUGCCUUCGCAGAAAAUAGAGACGGGUCACCAGGAUGUGGUCCAUGAUGUGGCGAUGGACUACUAUGGCAAGCGCCUGGCUACGGCAUCUUCGGAUAUGACGAUCAAGAUUGUUGGUGUGAGUGGUUCUUCGCACCAGCACCUUGCCACACUGAGUGGCCACCAUGGGCCAGUCUGGCAAGUUGCAUGGGCACAUCCCAAGUUCGGGUCUAUGAUUGCGUCUUGCAGCUAUGAUGGCCGGGUGAUCAUAUGGAAGGAAGGGAGCAAACCCGAUGAGUGGAUUCAGGCACAUGUUUUCACCGAGCACAAGAGCUCUGUUAACUCUAUUGCAUGGGCGCCUCAUGAGCUCGGCCUCUGCUUGGCUUGUGGUUCCUCAGACGGAAACAUUUCAGUCUUUACUGCACGAACUGAUGGUGGCUGGGACACUACGAGGAUCGAUCAGGCGCAUCCAGUGGGUGUGACUUCGGUCACAUGGGCUCCAGCUUUGGCCCCAGGUGUCCUUGUUGGUUCAGGACAGCUUGAUCCUGUGCAGAAGCUUGCUUCCGGUGGCUGUGAUAACACUGUUAAAGUGUGGAAGUUUUACAAUGGUAACUGGAAGAUGGACUGUUUUCCGGCUCUCCAGAUGCAUUCCGACUGGGUCCGGGAUGUAGCUUGGGCACCAAACUUGGGGCUUCCAAAAUCUACUAUCGCCAGUGCUUCACAGGAUGGAACAGUCGUCAUAUGGACAGUGGCAAAGGAAGGAGAUCAAUGGGAGGGCAAAGUUUUGAAUAACUUCAACGCCCCCGUUUGGAGAGUAUCAUGGUCACUCACCGGAAACAUUUUAGCUGUAGCUGACGGGAACAAUAAUGUCACAUUGUGGAAGGAAGCCGUGGAUGGUGAGUGGCAGCAGGUGACGACGGUUGAGCCAUGAGAGAUCGACUCCAAUUUGGAUUUCUAGUCAUGCCAAACAGUGUCGGCUACUUGUUCCAUGCUUUAUUUGUUGAAAGUUUCAUCAGACUUUGUGUAGUUUCUUAAGUAUGUGGUUCUUGAAAAGGUCUUAUUCGGACUCGGUGAUAUGCUGUGAUUCCUCUAUUCCGACUGAAACAAAAAAGGAUUUAUUUCUUAGAUUAUCAGACAAUUUAUUAGUA